GUCACCCAGGCAAGGACCUACCCUCAAGCAAACACACGCUCUCACUCACACUGACUCACACACCGUCCAGGCAGGCAGGCAAGCAGACAGCUCCAUCUCGCUGCGGACUCUCCCUCUCCCUCUCUCUCUCUCUCUCUUUCUCUCACUGUUGCAGCGUAAGAACAACUCCAGGAAAAGAGAGGCAGACAGGUUUGCAAGGUGCGAAGAGGGCAGGAAAGGAUUUGAUCUGAAAGUGUGGUGUAAAGAAGGAGCAGAAGAAGAGGAAGACAAAGGAGGAGGAUAAAUAAAAAAGGAUCAAUAAAAAAAAAAAUUAAAAUGGAAUUACAAUACACUUCAAUUGAUUUUCAAGACAAAAUUUGAAUUUCCAGAGCUUUUUUUUAUUUGAAUCUUUCCAAACGCCUCCUAUAUAAUAUACAGUAUUUAUUACUUACAAACACACAUUUGGGGAUAGAGAGUAAGGAAGGAAGCAAUUUGCAAGGGAACAAUUUUUAUUUUUUGGAGCUUCUUUCCAAUGGCUUUCUAGGGUGAUGGGUGCUCAGUUCUCAUUUGUAAGUAUAGUGGGAAACCGUCUCCAGUCCGUUCCCCUCAUUCCCAGCUGUCCCAGUUUCAGUCCCAGUAUGCCCUGCUCGCGUGUGGGCGCUGUCUCUGCAGUUUGACCAUGUGGAAAUGGAUGCCACCCACCGCCGGACCUCUUCCUGCUGCUGCUUCCGCCUCUACUUCCCCUGCCAGCCCCCGUGCCUCUUCCCUGUGCCUGGCGUGCUGCGCCCUCCUCCUGGCCACCAGCUCUGCCCUGGGGGGGUGCCCUGGUGGGACUGUUCCCAGCCCUGAGCCCACGAGGGUGCAGGAGGGGGCCAACUGCUCCUGGAGCCUGGACCGGCACGCCCGCAGCUACAACCACUUGGAGGGAGACGUGAGGUGGCGUCGGCUCUACUCCGCCACCAAGUUCUUCCUGCGCAUGGACAAGACGGGCAAGGUGGACGGCACGCGCAGGAAAAACUGCAUCAACAGUGUAAUGGAAAUCCGAUCCGUGAGCGUGGGAGUGGUGGCCAUCAAAUCUGUCAACACCGGGCUGUACUUAGCCAUGAGCAAGAAAGGAAAGCUCUUUGGAUCGGAAGAGUACAAUCACAACUGCAAGUUCAAGGAGCGAAUCGAGGAAAACGGCUACAACACGUACGCGUCGUUGCGCUGGAAGCAAAAGGGACGGCAGAUGUUUGUCUCGUUGAACGGCAGGGGGACCCCACGGCGAGGACACAAGACAAGAAGGAAACACCUCUCUGCACACUUCCUGCCCAUGCUGGUCUCCUAGCAACCAUUAUUAUUAUUAUUAUUAUUAUUAUUAUUAUUAUUAUUAUUAUUAUUAUUAUUAUUAUUUUACAAUUUUACUUCCCUGCGUGUACAUUUUAUUUUGUUUCUGGGACAUGGAGAGAGGGAUGGGAGGGGUGGGGAGGGUUAAUAUUUUAAGUUAUUAUAAUUUUUUCCUUGGGUAAGCUUAUGGACCAAAAGAACAGCUGCUAAUAAUGUGUACAUAUAUUAUUAUUAUUGUUAUUAUUAUUGUUAUUAUUAUUACACAUUAAGAAUAUGAUGAGGCGUAUCUAUAUAAAGAAUAGCAACCUUCUUUUUUUAUAUGAUAGCAGACAGUGUUUUAUUUGCCAGUGUAUGAGCAGCACUAUAGGUACAGUCAGGGGAAAGUUAAGGAUAAACAGAUUGUUGCUCGUGUCGGAUAUAACGAGAGACGUACAGUGAGCACCCAGAGGAUCAUGGGGGAAUCCCAUUAAAGACAGUGGGGUGGAAACACAAAUGCACCUGAUAAACUGUGGAAGGGGAUCAAAUGCAUUGAUCUUCCUACAGUACCAAGGCAGCUUCCAACCAACACAAUGGGAACGUGGACCAAGGACAAUGAACUGCUCAUCCUGCACAGAAACUAAAGGAACACAAAGCCAGGACAGACAGGCCGGCUGAUAUUAAUGCCUGACCUGGCAUUGCAAACCUCCCUUUGAACCCCUGACUCAGAUCAGGGGUCAGUGUGGACGAUGCACUGAAGGACUAGGUACCAGUGGAUCACUGUAACCUUUGGACGCAGCCAGACUUUUUUUUUUGUUUGUUUUAUUAACCAGUAAUAUUAAGGAUGGGCUUUUGUGUAUGUGCACUGACUGAAGUGGGAAACAAAUAAAAACAUUGUUUAGUUGUCUUUAA